AUGUCUUCCGAGAACACUGAGACCGGCGGUUCCCUGGCUGAUCGCAUCACCAAGCCCGAAGAAGCUGCGCAGCCUGCUCCAACUACCGAGGUUCCCGAGGGCUCUUUGGUUGAGGACGGAGCUUCCAAGAAGACCCAGGGCUCCGGUCUGCAGGAGACCGACUACGAUGUCGAGGUUAAGCUGAGCGACCUCCAAGCUGAUCCCAACAAUCCUCUGUUCUCUGUGAAGAGCUUUGAAGACCUCGGCCUUGACCCUCGUAUCCUGAAAGGUCUCGCCGCAAUGAAGUUCCGCAAGCCAUCCAAAGUCCAAGAGCGCGCCCUGCCCCUGUUGAUGCACAACCCUCCCAAGAACUUUAUUGGACAGUCUCAGUCUGGUACUGGAAAGACUGCCGCCUUUGUCCUGAACGUUCUCAGCCGCAUUGAUCUCUCCACCGAAGAGAUGCGUCACACUCCCCAGGCCAUCAUCCUGGCUCCUACCCGUGAGCUUGCUCGUCAGAUUGGCAGUGUCGUCAAUGAUAUGGGUGCUUUCCUUGAGGGGCUGGAACUUCAGAUCAGCGUUCCUGUUGAAAUCGCCCAGCGACCCAAGCGCGUCACUGCUGCAGUCGUGGUUGGUACCCCCGGCACGGUCGGCGAACAGAUCAAGCGACGAGUCCUCAACCCCACCGCAGUCCGGGUUCUUGUGCUCGACGAGGCCGACAACAUGCUUGAAGGACAGGGCCUGCCCGACCAGUGCCUUCGUGUCAAGAACAUGCUACCUAAGACUGUUCAAGUAGUUCUCUUCUCUGCUACAUUCCCUACCGAAGUUCGCCUGUAUGCCGAGAAAUUUGCCUUGAAUGCCAAUCAGAUCAGCCUUCGCCAGGAGGAAUUGACUGUCGAUGGUAUCAAACAGCUCUUCAUGGACUGCAAUUCAGAGGAGGAGAAGUACAACAACCUUGUUCAGCUUUAUGGAUUGUUGACGGUUGGCUCGUCUAUCAUCUUCGUCGGAACACGUGCUGCGGCCGCCGAGAUCGAAAAGCGCAUGACCGCAGAGGGACACACUGUGGCUUCGCUUACUGGAGCCAUCGAAGGCGCGCAGCGUGACGCCGUCAUUGAUGCCUUCCGCAGUGGCCAGGCCAAGGUGCUCAUCACCACCAAUGUGCUUGCUCGUGGCAUCGAUGUCUCCACUGUCUCCCUUGUCGUCAACUACGACGUGCCCGUGGUCUUUGACCCUCGCUCCCGCCACCGUGAGCCUGACUACCAGACCUACCUUCACCGGAUUGGUCGUACUGGUCGUUUCGGUCGCAUUGGUGUGGCCAUCACCUUUGUGGCCAACCGGGAAGAGUGGGGCUGGCUGAACGAUAUCUCGAACCACUUCUCGUGCCAUAUCGACCGCCUGGACACGUCUGACUGGGAUGAGGUCGAGCGGAUGAUCAAAAAGACCAUCAAGAACACUCGGGCGCAAGCACGUUUUGCCGUUGAGCAGUGA